UCCAAAUACUGAGCCCGGCAAAUUCAUCACACACUUCAACUGACAGUAACCUAAACAUGCCCACAAGUCACCGGGAAACUCCUCUUUCCGGCGAAGAAGCGAGCAUGUCCGAAGAAAUCGGAAGCGUCGCCAGGGCUCUCCAAGCGUGUGACGACCAAAUUCAGUGCUGCUCCGUCGAUACCGCCGCCGCCUCUGGAGCAAAAAACCCCAGCGACUCGCAAAACUUGCAGUUAUCUGUGGACGAGCCAGCAGCCAAACGGCAGAAACAUGACGAGAUUCAGAGUCCGAAUCGGCAAAUUGAGGUAGCUAGGGCUUCCGCUUCAGCUAUUCAUUCAGAUUCUAACGUUAAGGAACUCGAUUCUGCUAGGGAUCAUAAAUCUGGGGGUGAUAUGGGAGAAAAGGAUGCGAAUGGGGGUAAUGUGGCAAUAAUUGGGGAACUAGAGCAAGGAAAUGAAUUAGGGGAUAGUAAGAGAGAGGUGAAGAAGACUGAGAAUAAGUGGCCAAUGUUUAGUGAUAUUGGUGGGCUGUCUUAUACAUUGAACUGUUUGAAAGAGGAGGUGAUUGCGCCGAUGCUCCAGUUGAAGCUACUGCGGCACUUUGGAGGCAAACCUAUGACCUCAAUUCUGCUACACGGGCCACCAGGCUGUGGGAAAACUAUGUUGGCUCGAGCCAUUGGCAAUGAGGCCCGGGUGCCGUUCUAUGAAAUAUCUGCUGUUACGUUGAACUCUGGAGUUUCAGGUAUCCUAGAGUUGUUCUCCAGAGCAUACAUGAACGCACCAUCCAUUGUGUUCAUUGAUGAAAUUGAUGCAUUGACUUCAAAAACAGAAAGUUUGUUGCAAUGCCCAUUAAAACAGUUGAUGACUUGCAUGAAGGAACCUGUGAAUGACGGUUCUGAAAUUGAAAGAUCUAAUAGUGGCCCUGGUGGCUAUGUUCUGACGAUUGGAGCAACCAAUAAACCUAAUGCUCUUGACCUUGCCUUAAGGAAGCAGUUUGAUCGUGAAUUUUUCUUAGAUGUUCCAAAAACAAAUGAACGGCAUGACAUACUAUCUGUUCUAACACGUAAUCAUAAGUUUGAAGUUGGUUUUGAUCUAUUGGAGUUAGGUAGGUGGACUCAGGGUUUUGUAGCUAGAGAUUUGGCACAACUAGUCAAUGAGGCUUGUAUGAUUGCUUUAAAUGGAGCCAUUAGGUCGAGAGCUUACAAAAAGAAGUUUAACGAUGGGUAUGAAGCAUAUGGAAAUCCAUUUUCAGAUGAAGAAUUGGAGGGACUCAGAUUAACCAUGUCCAAUUUUCAUGCAGCUAUUUCCAUGGCAUGUCCUUCUGCUGAAAUGGAAGAGUUUUCCAAAACAUCAUCUACAAACUGGAAUGAUGUUGGAGGCCUUCAAUUGUUGAAAUUGGAAUUUGAACGCCGAGUAGUUAAGCACAUAAAGUUUCCACAAGUUUAUGAGCCAGCUGAAAAUCACUGGGAUUAUAAGCUUGGUGAGUCUCUUAGGGAAAUUGGGGUGAAGGACUUCCCAACCUCCUUUUUCCUUUAUGGUCCUCAUGGUUGUGGGAAGACAUUGAUUGUCGAGGCUUUAGCUAAAGAAGCAGGAGCGAAUUUCCUUCAUAUCAAGGGUUCAGAACUAUCAAAGUUUGGUGAGCUGAGCACGAUGAUGGUGGAACAUAUUUUCAAAUAUGCAAAACUUCGCCCUCCAUGUAUAGUUUUCUUUGAUGAGUUGGACAUAUUCAACCCAGAUGAUUUCACAGAGGAAGAUCUAGAGGAGGACAUAACUGAAUGGCAGUCGGUCGAAUAUAAAGAGAUAUGGAGCCAAACUUUUGAUAUAAAAAAAGGAUCACAUGUUUACGUGAUUGUUUCAUCGAGUAGGGUAGAGGUUUUGGAUCGUAUCUCGUUCAUCAAAUCAGACUUCGAUAGGAUUUUUUAUGCUCCUCUUCCUACCCCAGAAGAAAGAGGAGAGAUAUUGAAAGCCCUUGCUCUACACAAGCCAGUAGAUGUUAAAGUGGAUCUGGUGGCUCUAGGAAAUCACCAUGCUUGUCACAAUUUUAGUGGCGCUGAUCUAUUUACCUUGGUGACGAUAGCUUCUCUGUUCGCCAUUCAACGACCAUCAUUGUCCUGUGGGGGUAGCAUGACCAUCACAAGUAGUGAUUUCAAUAAAGCGUUACACAAAGUCCCCCUUUCUCACUCGGACGAGGAACUCCAGAAAUGGGCGCAACACGUGAUUGAUUGAUGUUGUUCAUGGCUUAUCCGUGUCGCAGUGGUAGACUUAUGUUAACUUUACUUACUCGUUUAUAUGUAUAUGUGAAUGAUGUGAGUUUCAUUUCCUUAUCUUUUGAGGUGAGAGUGGGCCAAAAUAUGUUCGUGUCUCAUCAAUAUCUAAUGACAUAUUUGUAGUUUUAUUAUCACUGAACUUGCAUAAAUAUUGUUUAAUGCUUCUUGGCU